UUAACGGAAAGAGCCGAAGACAUUGGCUUUGUCAUGUGAUCAGCUGUGUCCAAUCACAGCUGAUCACUGAUGAUCAGUGUGCCCUGAUGAUCAGUGUAGCUCCAACAGUGCCACCUGUCAGUGUCCAUCAAUGCCAGCUGUCAGUGCUCAUCAAUGCCACCUGCCAGUGCUACAGUGCACAUCAAUGCCACAUAGCAGUGCCUAUCUGAGCUGCCUUUCAGUGCCACUUAUCAGUGCCAGUCAGUGCCACCUAUCAGUGCUUCCAAUCAGUGCCACCUAACAAUGCCAGUUAGUGCUCCCUAUCAGUGCCAGUCAGUGCUGCCUAUCAGUGUCCAUCAGUGCUGCCUAUCAGUGUUGUCUAACAGUGC